AUGCGAAAUUUUCAACAUUCGAUCCGUGAAGUAAAAUGUCCAUGUCCGCCCAAAAAAAAGCUGGACCCAAUUGAGGAUGCAUUAUACAGGAAUGAAGCGCCAAUUAUACCGUUGCAAGAAUUCUUUGAAACGGAAGAGGAAAAGGAGCGUGAUUUAAAAUGUAAACACACUCAUUUUUCGGAUGAGAAAGGUGUGGAUAUGACGCACGUAAAUGUUAUACCGAAGGAAUACACGAAUACUAGAACGGCUAGAAUUUAUAAAGAAACUAGACAUUGUAUGCAGAAUGGAAAUGAUAACGUUAAGUAUUGGCACGUGCAGUUUGAUACGACUAUGAGAUUUGAAAAUUCUUUAAUAGGAUGGUGUUCCAGUUCGGAUGCCCUUUCUAAUGUGAAAUUACACUUUCAUUCUUUGGCCGCGGCGCAGGAGUUUUGUCAUAGAAACGGUUUUGAUUAUUACGUCGAUGUACCACCUAGAAAAGAUUUUGUAGUAAAAAGUUAUUCAGAUAACUUCUCUUGGAAUAAACGUAGAAGAGUAACUACCAAAUAG